AUGUUCCGCCAGUACACGUCCAAGUUAUCGCCAUCAGAUAAGGUCUGCCAGGAUAAUGCUGCAUCGUGGCGGCCUGUGCUGGAGAAGUGGGAGGAUGUUAUGAAGUGGGCGGCAGGUGAGGGCCCAAGCAAGCACGUCGAGAGGCAUCGCUCGCGCGGCAUGCUAUCCGCGAGAGACCGCAUGGCUCUGAUCCUUGACCCGGAAUCGCCGUUCCUGGAGCUUAUGCCAACAGCUGGAUACAACAUCAAGCAUUCCAGUCCGAAUGCGAGCGUCCUAUGCGGAAUCGGCCUCGUGCAUGGUCGGCUCGUCAUGAUUGCAGGGAACAUUCCAACUCUAGACAGCGGUGCAUCCAACGAGAUUUCCGUCAAGAAGUCGAAGCGAGCAAGUGAUAUCGCGCUUGAAAAUGGUCUCCCCAUGAUUUACCUCAAUCAGUCUGCCGGCGCAAAUCUUCCUCAGCAAUUCCGCGUUUUCCACGCUGGGGGCGCCGGCUUCAGGGACAUCACUCUUCGCUCCGCAGCUGGAUCUCCCACAUGCACGAUCGUCUUCGGCAGCAGUACUGCCGGGGGUGCCUAUCAACCUGGGAUGUCGUCCUACAGUAUUUUUGUCAAAGAGCAGGCGCAGGUGUUCUUGGGCGGCCCGCCGUUGGUAUACGUGGCCACUGGCGAAGUAACGACCGCCGAAGACCUCGGCGGUGCAGAGAUGCAUACUUCUAUUAGUGGCGUUGGUGAUGCGUUCGCAGCCGACGAGUUUGACGCCUGCCAGCUAGCUCGGAAUUGGGUCCUGAGCCUGCCCGAAGAGAAUGUCAGUACUGUUGAACAGCCGCAAGUUCUAGCGCCCCGGUAUGAUCCGCGGGAUAUCUUGCAGGUCGUCCCUGUAAAUAUCCGCCAGCCCAUGGACAUGCGCGAGGUCAUUGCUCGAAUUGUGGAUGACAGCCGAUUUGAGAAUUUCAAAGCGACGUAUGGGCCGGGGAUGCUGUGCGGGUGGGCUCGCAUCCACGGACACCUUGUCGGCAUCAUUGGUAACCAGUCUCCCGUUAUCAUGAUCCCCGAGGCCCAGAAAGCCACUCACUUCAUCCGCCUCAACAAUGAAAAUUGUAAUCCAAUCAUAUUCCUUCAUAACGUCACUGGAUUCAUGGUCGGCACAAAAUCCGAGCAGAAUGGAAUCAUUCGCGCUGGCUCUACCUUCAUAGACGCCGUCUCUCGCUCGACAGUGCCGCACAUCUCUAUCCUAUGCGGAGCUUCCUACGGUGCAGGGAAUUACGCCAUGUGCGGACGGGCAUACGCUCCUCGUUUCCUCUUCUCGUGGCCAAACAGUAAGUGCUCGGUCAUGGGUCCCGAGCAGCUAGCUGGUGUUAUGGAGAUGAUUGCUCGUGACGCAGCUACCAAGGCGGGUAGGGCAGUUGAUGAGGCGAGCAUUUCUGCAAGGACGACUGGGCUGAAGAAUCAAGUGGAGAAGGAGAGCGACGCGUACACGACGUCGGCGUGGGUCCUGGAUGAUGGAGUCAUUGAUCCGCGGGACACGAGAGACGUACUUGGAAUGUGUCUGGAGAUAUGUCGAAACCGCCCGAGUAAGGGCAAUACCGGAAUGAGGGGCGUGUCUAGAAUCUAG